CCCAGUCAGAACACCGGCGAGACAAGACAAAAACAAUAAAACCCAUUACAAACGAGGCAUUUGUAGCAUCCAUUGGGGACAUAAUUACUGAUUAUAAUGACAUCGUAGAGACAUCGCAACUACACGUCAUUACAGAGGAUCUCAACUCAUUCCUCAACUCCUCCAUCAGUCUUCAAAGAAUGCAGGUCUUCGCCAGCUGUAUCAUGGAAACUUUAUCAUGGAAAAAAAAAAUGUAAAUAAGAUGAGAUUGAGGCUCAAAAUACCUUCCUGUUGAAACAUAAUGACAAUAAUUUUGUCCACCAGGAGAAGAGUUGGGAAAAGAUCAUCAGGAAAAGAAAAAAAAAAAAGAGACCAGCAGAAAACUUUCAUUUGGACUUCCAGAGCUUGACAGAUUGACACACAGACAGAAACACUCAGGCCACACAACAAAAAUGGAACCUAAAGCAUAUUUAAACUUGAUUUUACUGGGGAAGAAAUGUGCUGGGAAGAGUAUGUCAGGAAACACAAUACUGGGACGAGAAGCUUUCAUACCAAAGAGCAGACCCGGUUCUGUCACGCCUGAUAGCACUGCUGAAUCUGGGACUGUUGAUGGGUUUCCAGUCAGUGUUUAUGACACAACAGGAUUCUGUGACCCAGAGCUGAGUGAAGAUGAGAUUCAGCAGAUUAAAAAUGUUUUUCAGAAAUGUGAAUCAGGUCACUGUGUGUUUCUGUUGGUCAUCAAAGCUGAUAGUUUCACUGAAGAAGAGAGAAAAACUGUGGAGAAGAUCGAGAAGCUGCUGGGAGAAGAACGCCUGAAUAAAACCUGGAUUCUCUUCACCAGAGGAGAUGAACUGGAGGAUGAAAACAUGACAAUACAAGAAUUCCUUGAUAGAAAAAUAGGGUUGAAGACACUAGUUAAGAAAUAUGAUCAGAGAUACCAUGUGUUCAACAACAACAAGAGGAGAGGAGCAAGUGACCAGGCUCGAUUACUGCUGAUAAACAUUCUCCAGAGAUCUUUGGGGUUAAGCGCAUUAGAUGGAGGGAGGCUGACCAGAUGGAUUCCUGACAGCAGAGCAAACAGACAAGAUGCUCAACAGACUCCUGCUGCCUGUCCCAAGUCCAGAAGAAUUGUUCUUCUGGGUAAAACUGGUGUAGGGAAAAGUGCAUGUGGAAACACAAUACUGGGACAGAAAGUGUUCAGAUCUGCAUUGAGAAUGAAUGCAAUAACAACUGAAUGUUCAGAAGCACACGCCACUGUUUCAGGCAGAUCUGUGUCUGUAGUUGAUACUCCUGGAUUCUUUGACACAGAGAUGAGGCCUGGAAAGUUAGUGACAAAAAUAGGGAAGAGUGUUUAUUUAUCCAGUCCUGGACCUUAUGCUUUGCUCAUUGUGUUUCCUGUGAAUAUGAGGAUCACUGAACAUGAGCAGCAGAUUCCUCAGCAGAUUGAGAUGAUGUUUGGUGAAGAUGUGUUAAAUUACUCCAUCAUUCUCUUCACUCAUGGAGAUCUGCUGGAAGAAGAGCCCAUAGAGACACUCAUUGAGGAGAACAGUAGAUUAAGACAUCUAGUUCAGCAGUGUGGAGGCAGAUAUCACGUCUUCAACAACAGAGAUCUGAAUAACAGAGAGCAGGUGAAUGAUCUUCUGCAGAAGAUUGACUCAAUGAUAGAGCAGAACGGAGGAUACUACAGUAAUCAGAUGUUUAAUGAUGCUCAGAGAUACAGACGAGAGGAAGAAGAGAGAAAGCAGAGAGAGAAAGAGGAACACAGUGAAAACACUGAAUUUACACAAUUUUUUACCAAGUAUGGACAUAAUUUGCGUAUGUCAGCUUUUGCAGUUGGUAGAUAUGACCUUCUUGGAGAUGUUAUUUCAGCAUGUGUUUAUGAAGCAGUUUGUCAUGCCCAUGUUAUACAGCAUGCCCAGACCAACCUGUGUGUGAUGCUUCAACAGAGCAACCGGUUUUAA